AUGUGGACUCUAGCCUCUCUCCAGUGGACUUCUUCUUCUUCACUUGCUCGCAACCCGACUCUUCAUGCCUUUUCAAGAUUUGAUUCAGUUGGAACCCUCAAGCAAACACAUGAAGAUGAUGGCAUCAGAGGCAAUGAUCACGAGGAUUCCAUCUCUUAUAUCAAGCGAUUGUUAAGAACCAUGGAUGAUGGACGGAUUACCAUCUCAGCAUACGACACAGCAUGGAUUGCACUUAUUGAAGAUGUUAAUGGAAGUGAUAAUCCUCAAUUUCCAUCAAGCCUCCAAUGGAUUAUAGACAACCAACUUCCGGAUGGCUCAUGGGGUGAAGCCCAUUUUUGUCCAUAUGAUAGGUUACUCAACACACUGGCUUGUGUAAUUGCUUUGAAAUCAUGGACGACUCAUGAGGACAAGAUUGCUGAAGGAAUUGCAAUCAUCAAGACACUAUUGGAUAUGUGUAAGCUCCAAAAUGUGGAGAGCAUGAUUUGUGGGUUUGAAGUUAUAUUUCCUGCCCUUCUCGAGCGAGCCCGAAAUUUGGGCAUUGAAAUUCCCUCAGAUACGCCAUUCGUGAAAGAAAUAUGUGCAGCAAGAGAUCUCAAGCUUGAAAGGAUACCGAAAGAUUUGAUGCAUGCACUUCCAACUUCCCUACUUUAUAGCUUGGAAGGAUUUUCAGAUUUAAACUGGGACAAGGUGCUGAAGCUAAAAUGUCAUAACGGGUCAUUCUUGACAUCUCCAGCCUCCACUGCUUUUGCAUUCAUAGAGACCAAAGAUGAGCAGUGUCUCAAUUUUAUUACGGAAGUCACUCAAAAUUUCAAUGGAGGAGCACCGCCAUGUUAUCCAGUAGACCUAUAUGCCCGACUAUUUGCAGUGGAUCGGCUGAAACGACUAGGAAUUUCUCGUUAUUUCAUGUCAGAGAUCGAUGAAUGCUUAAAUCACGUUUAUAGAUGUUGGACUGAAGAUGGAAUUUUCAGUGGGAGGGGCACAAAUUUUAGCGAUAUUGAUGACACAUCCAUGGGUUUCAGACUCCUUAGACUACAUGGAUAUGACAUGAGCCCUGAGGUGUUCAAGAACUUCAAAAAGGAUGACAAGUUUUCUUGUUAUCCUGGUCAAAUGAUAGAGGCAGCAACCCCAAUAUUCAACUUUUAUAGGGCUUCUCAGGUUCUUUUUCCAGGAGAAAAGAUUCUUGGAGAGGCUAGAGAGUUUGCCUACAACUUUUUACAAAAUUGGCUUGCUUGCGGUAAUUAUCUAGAUAAAUGGAUAAUUGCCAAAGAUAUUCCGAGCGAGGUAAGAUAUGCAUUGGAAGUGCCAUGGUAUGCCAGCUUACCUCGCAUUGAGACUAGGUUCUAUGUGGAACAAUAUGGUGGUGCAGAUGAUGUAUGGAUCGCUAAAACACUAUACAGGAUGCCUGAAAUCAGCAAUAAUGUAUAUCUUGAACUGGCAAAAGGAGAUUACAACAAAUGCCAGCUUCAGCACCUCAAUCAAUGGACUGAUAUUCAACAGUGGUACAAGAAAUGCAAUCUUGUCGAUCAUGGGAUAAGCAUACAAUUCCUUAAGCAUGCUUUUUUUGUUGCUAUGGCGAGCAUAUUUGAGCCAGAAAGAUCGAAGGAGCGAAUAGCAUGGACAAAAUCGUUAAUUUUUUGUGAGAUGAUCAAAUUUUAUUUCAAUGCCACAUCUUUCGACAAAAAGAAAAUGUUUUUAAUGGGAUUUAAAAGCCAUACUCGAGGCACAAUGACAGGAUGCAGAUCUGAGGUAGAUCAACGACUUCUAAGCAAUUUGCUAGAGUUUCUGCACCAGCUGUCCACAGAUACAGCACAAGAGCUAGGGAAAGACAUCAGACAACAAUUAUUUGAAGCUUGGGAAAGUUGGUUGAUGACAAACACUGAGAAGUUUCAGUGGGGAGAGGAAGCAGAACUCCUUGUGCGCACAAUAAAUCUUUGUGCUGGUCGUAUUACUUCAGAUCACACAGCAGCCCAGCUGGAGCAUUACCGGUUGUCUAAACUCAUCAACAAAAUUUGCCACCAACUUCAUGAAUCAAAGAGCAGAAAGGCAAUUGAUGCUGAAAAUAGCAACGGUAGCUUCAAAAGACUAGAGGUAGAAGAAGAUAUGCAAGCACUUGUUCAAUUAGUACUUCAAAACUCGGCAAUAGGCAAUCCGUCUGAUAUCAAGCAAACAUUUCUGGCUGUGGCAAAGACUUUCUUUUACAAAACGUAUUGUGAUAAGGAUACUAUUGAUUUCCAUAUUUCUAAAAAUUUGAGUGUAGAUGUUGAUUUAUCUAGUUUAGACCCUCUAAAUGAGGACAUUGUGAGGAAUUUAACUUGUUUAGAGGUAUCUAGUACUUCAUGGGUGAGUAGGAGUCAUAAUAAAGAUCCUCCAGACUUUAUUGUGUCAUUUCUAAUGGCGGAUUUGUUAGACAGUUUUGGACCUGGUAAAGAAAUGCAGUCGUUUUUGUGUCCCUCUUUGGUGGAGGGCGAUGUGGCCUCCUCUGGGCCUGUUGUUGAGGCCCAAGACACAAUUGUUCGGGGAGGGUCGAACUUUCAACCCAGGGGGGCUCGAUUCCCAGAUUAUGAAAGGGUAUCUUUUGUAGUUUGGAUGACAAGCAAGAUUGCUCAUUGUCUACACUCUUGCAGGAGUGAGUUUAGCUCCCUGAAGGAAAUGAUCAAUCAUGAAUCAAGUAAUUCCAGUAAUUCUUGA